AGAAUGAUGGCAUCAGCUGCUCGAGCCAUCGCUUUGUCACAUGAUCUUGUCUUAGGCGACUGCAAGGAAGCAGAGUGUUAGCAAGAUCGAGCUCGAGCGUUCGCAUUCAGGAAAGCGGGCUCGCAGUUCAUUUGCAAAAAUAAAAAGAAUAAUUCGUAUCGUGGGAGUUUUUCCUAACACAUCCUUGUGUUACGGUUAGAGAGCGGACUAUCUAGCGAAAGCAAUAUGAAUGGGCAUGCUCUUUUCUACACGGGGGUCACUUUGGCCUUCUGGAGUACCCUUAUUAUUGUCGGUACAUGUUAUACAAUAUUUGAUCUUGGAUUUCGAUUUGAUGUGGCUUGGUUCUUGACAGAAACAACACCAUACAUGUGGGCGAAUCUGGGUAUCAGCCUGGCUAUUUCUUUAUCUGUUGUUGGUGCUGCUUGGGGCAUUUAUAUCACUGGGUCCAGCAUUAUAGGUGGUGGAGUGAAAGCUCCCAGGAUUAAAACAAAAAAUCUUGUCAGCAUCAUUUUCUGUGAAGCUGUUGCCAUCUAUGGAAUUAUUAUGGCAAUUGUCAUCAGUAACAUGGCUGAGAGCUUUUCUGGAAGUACACCUGAUACAAUUGGGGCAAAGAAUUACCAAGCAGGGUAUUCUAUGUUUGGUGCUGGCUUAACAGUGGGCUUCUCCAACCUUUUCUGUGGGGUUUGUGUGGGUAUUGUUGGAAGUGGAGCUGCACUUGCUGAUGCUCAAAAUGCCAGCCUUUUUGUAAAAAUUCUCAUUGUGGAAAUUUUUGGAAGUGCCAUUGGCUUAUUCGGUGUCAUUGUUGCAAUUUUACAGACAUCUAAAGUGAAGAUGGGAGACUAGAAGACUUUGGGGGGGAAAAAAUGCAGUUCACAGGACUUCCAGAAAAUUUCACUGCUCUGGAGAUGAUAGACAAAUUAAUUGUAUAUAUUUAUUUAAAUGUUAAUUUUUUCCAUUACACGUUGUGACUGGUUUUUAACCCAUCAUUUGUUGAAGAGUGAUGGAAUUCUGAAAUAAUGACCAUGAUGUGAGAUCGUUGAUAAAGUGUGUUUGUAUUCUGUUGUCUUAAAGUUGUGAAAGUUUAUUCUAUGGAUAAUAAGCAUUAAGUACACCUCCCCUUAAAUAUUAUUUUCUCAUGCUAAGAAAAUAUCGAUAACUUAUUAAAUUGUUUUUUUAUUCAUUACCCAAAUAAUUACCAUAUAAUUUAACAGAAAAAUGUGUAUGAACGUGUUUGCACUAUCACGUUAGUUUUCAUUUACAAUCUGUUCUUAAAAUGAUGGCGAAGGUGCCCAAGUAGUCUCCAAAUGCUUAAGAUUAAAUUUAAAAUGUAAAAAGAAAAACAAAAAAAUAGUGUUAAAAAGUAUUAACAGGUGAUUGCUACAAAACUGUAGGAUAAUUAUAAAAAGGAGGAAACUCUUGAAAUCAUCCCUUAGGUUUCACAAUUGUAUUACACUGGGGGUGGGGGGUAUUUGGUAAAUUGUUCUGAAAAAUAACAAUUACAUCAGGGGAAACACAUUGCCCAUUCAUUUUUUGAUGUGGAUAUGUGGAUUUAUUUAUUGAAGUAAAUUUACUAGAUUUUUUAAUGGAAUUAAGACCCUCCUUUUGUAUAUUUCUGCAGUACAUUCAUGUAGCAUGUUAAGUCUUAUAACUGAGUGUAUUUAGAGUAAUUUGUGUGGACUCCAAAUAAUUCAAAUGAGAUAUUAUUCAGCAAGUGUGUGAAGCAUCUUUCUGUAUGAAUGGUUAGCAACUGCUGAUGACCAAAUUACCAUGUUAGGAUAGAACUAAAAGUAACCCAAUGUAUAAUAUCUUGAAAGUGAAUAAUAUAUUGUAAAGUGUGCUAUUGUGCUGUCGCAGUAUUUAGGAAUUUUGUUUCAUUUUACAAAAAAAUUAUACAUUUCUGCAGAACAUUUUGACAUAAACUAUUUUAACAAAAAGCUUGCAUUUUAUUUGGAAACUAAUAUAGUUGUUCUGGGCCCAUUUUUAAGUUGUUUCUGCUCUGGUUUUUAAUCAGUCUAAAGUAUAUAUUGGAAAAUCAUGAGCAUUGUGAAAGAUGCAGAAUGACUGCAGGAUUUUUAUAAUUAACCAAAUUUCUGAUGGGGGAAGCCCUGUAUUGAGAGGAUGGCAUAAUGUAACUUUAAAGUUUAGGACUGUGUAAGUUAUAGUUAUAUGGUCUUCUGUGUAAUUUUAAUCAGCUGUAAAAGAUUGAAAGCAGAUACAUAUAUUUGAGAAACUAUGUACAAAAUAGUACCACACUUCAAUGAGUUUUAUACUGUUUUUAUUUUUGAAAAGUUAAUAUUUAUUUAAAUAAUUACAAACCAUGAAUAAUACUACAAAACAAAAACAUCAAAUUCUUUUUUUGUAUUUGUCUCAUUAUAGCGAAUCAUCCAAAAUAUGUGUAUCUGUGCAUAAAAUGAAAUUUCAUUUAGGAUUAAUAAUGCAUGUAUUCAGUACCUGUCAUGAUGUUAAUGGUGCACUUUAUUUUCUCAAUGUUUUUUUGCUGCAUGUACCUGCCUGUGAGGAAGCAAACGUUCAGUUUUGUUUUAAAUGGCAACAAGCACGGUGUUUAAGUUCAACACGGUUGUUUGGAAGUAAAUUUUUCUUGGUUCUGUUUACUGUGAGGUGGGAAAAAAGUUGCACCUUUUAACAUAAAAUUGUGAUGUUUUUUUGUUUCAAUACUGUGAAAGGUGAAGCUAUACUGAUAACACAGCUCUCAGAUUUGCUUUGCCUUAUAUUUCAUGCAAAUCAUUUUAGUUUUAAUGUGGCAUACAGACAUGUCAGAGAAUUGAUCACACUCUGCAUCAUUCUUACCAUCAUACAAGGGCAAACCUAUACAGGAACCACUUUGCAUCUUCAACCCCUAAAGAAGUUAAUGCAGAAAAAUAAAUGUUAUAAAUAGUUGUUAAACUCCUUUCAAUCAAUUUAAAUGUAUGUGUUCUUUAGUUUUACAUUAUUAUUUCUUUCAAUGCUGCAAUUUUAAAUUCAAAUAGAUAUAUAUUUUAAAGGUAUUCUUAAAUUUUUGUGUAUCCAAAACAAACAGUGGUUGGAAUAUUUUCUUAAGUAGUUUUUCUUCCCCUUUAGUAGAGUCAGAAUUUAAACUAGAUGGCUCCACAGUCAGUUACCAGUUUUCUCUUUUAGCUAGUUAACUUUAUGUUGCUGCUUUGAGUUAUUUUUUACAUAGCACAAAAUUGGAUAUGUGCAAAUUAGACAUUUUUGUUUUUGCUGUUUGUCAAACUUAUUUGUUGGUUGCAUUCCUGAAAAAGAAUCUGGACGCUUAGUAAUGUUUUUUUUUUAAAAAAAAAAAACUUCAUAAAAAAUGUUGAAUUUGAAUAUACCUAAUCCCGUGUUUCCUUUUUUGUUUUAAACAGUAAUUGGCUUAAUUAUAUAUAGCAUAAUUCAUGUAAAUGAAAAAAACAAGGUUGUGUUAUGAAAUGAGACCACCUAUUGUUAAUACGUUCUGUCUCAUUGACGAGACUUGCCUCAUCCAAACAUUUUUGUAACAUGUUGCUGUGAAAAAAAUGGUGUAGCAUAUGAUCAGUGGAAAGAUAUUUUCUUGUAUUGAAUAGAUUAAUGAAACAUCCCAAGUUUGAAAUUGA